CUCCCCCUGCUCUCAGACCAUUGUUGUUGUGACCGCCGUGCGCAGGGCAGCGGAGCGACUGUUGGAGAGGCUGGUGUGUGAAGGACGCGCUCACUCGCUCCGCUCUCUGCUGUGGAAGAGGAGACGGACCGAGGAGGACCGAGACGGACCGAGGAGGACCGAGGAGGACCGAGACGGACCGAGGAGGACCGAGGAAGGAGCUCCAGGAUCCUGCGCCAGAGCUCCGGGGGGAUAAACUCGGCGAGGAGAGAGAACUCGCGGGAGCGCUGCGUAAAGACGCACGAGAAGAGUCUUAUCCGAGACGAGGAGGGAGCGACUCUGAACUGGGGGCGCGUUUUAUCACCCUAUCACGCUCUUUCUGUCGCCGUCGGAUCUCUUUUCUUUUUUUCUUGUUUUGGUCCACAUCGCCAGAGAGAGAAAGGGAAGGUUUCUACACGCGCCCUUCGGCUUCCUCUCUCUCUCUCUGUCUCUCUCCCUCCAUGGAUGUAGCGCUCUGAGCGACCGGCCGCGGUGGACUUCGCCCCGGGGAUCACACUUCCCUCCGCCGGUCACCAGGAGAACCAGCUGUCGUUCACGUUUCACCCGGUGGCGUUUUGAUGGAUUUAUAAGCUCAACUCCGUGUCCGCCGAGACUCACGCUCACAGACUGCUUCGGGAAACACCAGCAGGAUAGACAUCGGGAACACUGGAGCUCCAAAUGAGGAUUUGGGUGUUCGCUCGUACCGACCGGGACGAGGAGUGAUUCCGCCCAGUGCCAGUCACCAGGACGAGGACAGGCCGGGAGGAGAGGAUCCAGAUUUAGAGACUUGUGGGUUUUUCUGGAAUUGCCAAUGCCAGGGUCCGGAGUGUGAGGCCCACUCAAGGCUUCCGACUUAAAUUUCUACCUUUUUACCACGAGACACAUGCGUCACAUCCAGAAGAUGGGGAGGGUCUGCACAUUCUGCCUUCUCCUGCUCUGUCUGAUGGACGGAGUCUCGGCCAGGGCCAUCGAUGAAAGACGUACCAAAGAUCUCCGGGUCUCCAGGCCUCUGAUCUUGCCAGGUUACCCAGAAAACACUACAGCGGUGGUGGGUGGCCAGGCAAGUUUGGUGUGUAAAGUCCACAGGCCGGCAUCCUCCAAGGUGCAGUGGUUGAAGAUGGACGCCAGUGCCCCAGGACAAAGCCAGGAAGGACCACCUCACAUCAGGGCUCUGACGGCCCUGCAGAGCAACGCAUCCAAGGUAUACACCCUGCAUCUGUCCAACAUCUCUGUGGAGGACGCAGGAGAGUACAUCUGCAUGGCUGAGAGCACCCAUGCAGGACAGACGGUACAGGCCAUGCAGUCGGCGUGGCUGGACGUCCUGCCCGGUACCAUUAUUUCCCAAACUGUGGACCUCACUGCUGCUGAAAUCCCCCCAGACGUGCUUGAGGAGCUCAGCGAAGACACCACAGAGCAUCUUCUUUUAGAGCCGGGCAACGUGCUGAAACUGCGCUGUGACAUGAGCACCCGGCCCGGCAUGGCGGUUAACUGGUACAAGGAGGGAGUCCGUGUUCUGCCCACUCCCCGGAUCCAGAUCCGCGGUAUCAUUAUGGAGAUCACAGACGUAACGUACGAGGAUUCAGGCAUUUAUGUUUGUGUUCUCCGGGGAACCAAAGAGCCUGUGAGAAACUUCACCAUCACUGUAACAGACUCAUUGGGGUCCGGAGACGAUGACGAGGACAAUGGCCUGGAUGAUUCAUCUGCCGAGAUCGAAAACGACCAGGUUUACAUUUCUAGAGGUCCCUAUUGGACUCACACCCAGCGUAUGGAGAAGAAGCUGUAUGCUGUUCCUGCAGGCAACACUGUGAAGUUUCGUUGCCCGGCCAUGGGCAGCCCCAUGCCAAGCAUUCGCUGGCUGAAAAAUGGACGGGAAUUUAGAGGAGAGCAUCGCAUUGGGGGCAUUAAGCUGAGACACCAACACUGGAGCCUGGUGAUGGAGAGUGUUGUUCCUUCAGACAGAGGAAACUACACCUGCCUGGUGGAGAACAAAUACGGCUCCAUCUCUCACAGCUAUGUCCUCGAUGUCCUGGAGCGCUCCCCCCACAGGCCCAUCCUGCAGGCCGGUUUACCAGCCAACACUACAGCAGUGGUGGGCAGUGAUGUCCAGUUCCACUGUAAGGUCUACAGCGACGCCCAGCCUCACAUUCAAUGGCUCAAACACAUUGAGAGAAAUGGCAGCCGAUAUGGUCCUGAUGGGACACCUUAUGUUCAGGUCCUCAAGACUGGCAGUCUGAACAUGUCAGAAGUGGAGGUGCUCUACCUGUCCAAAGUUACCAUGGAGGAUGCAGGAGAGUACACCUGUCUGACUGGAAAUUCAAUUGGUUUCGCCCACCAGUCUGCUUGGCUGACCGUCCUCUCAGAGGAGGAAGCGGCAGAUGCUUUGGACACCAUCGAGACCAAGUACACCGACAUCAUCAUAUAUGCCUGUGGUUUCCUGGCCCUGAUCAUGGCCAUCAUCAUCGUGGUGUUGUGUCGAAUGCAGGUCCAACCCAGAAGGGAGCCAUUUGAUGCUCUUCCUGUCCAGAAGCUCUCCAAGUUCCCUCUUCGCAGACAGUACUCAGUUGAGUCCAACUCUUCAGGGAAGUCCAGUGCGUCUCUGAUGAGAGUGGCUCGUCUUUCAUCUAGCUGCUCUCCUAUGCUGGCUGGAGUUAUGGAGUUUGAGUUGCCCUAUGACCCAGACUGGGAAUUCCCCAGAGAGAAUUUAACAUUGGGCAAACCUCUAGGAGAAGGCUGUUUUGGUCAGGUGGUCAGGGCUGAGGCCUAUGGCAUCAACAAGGACUGUCCAGACCAGGCCACCACUGUAGCGGUUAAGAUGCUCAAAGAUGAUGCAACAGACAAAGAUCUGGCAGAUCUCAUCUCAGAGAUGGAGCUGAUGAAGGUGAUGGACAAACACAAAAACAUCAUAAACCUGCUGGGAGUCUGCACACAGGAUGGCCCUCUGUAUGUGCUGGUGGAGUACGCCUCCAAAGGCAGUCUGAGGGAGUACCUGCGGGCCCGGCGACCCCCAGGCAUGGACUACACCUUUGAUGUGACCAAGGUGCCUGAGGAGCAACUCACCUUCAAAGACCUUCUGUCCUGUGCCUACCAAGUGGCCAGAGGGAUGGAGUACCUAGCCUCUAAAAGGUGCAUCCACAGAGAUUUGGCAGCCAGAAAUGUCCUGGUGACAGAGGACAACGUGAUGAAAAUCGCUGACUUUGGCCUGGCGAGAGGCGUCCACCAGAUCGACUACUACAAGAAAACCACCAACGGACGGCUGCCGGUGAAGUGGAUGGCACCAGAAGCCUUGUUUGACAGAGUGUACACACACCAGAGCGACGUGUGGUCGUUUGGCGUCCUGAUGUGGGAGAUCUUCACGCUGGGUGGCUCACCGUACCCUGGUAUCCCUGUUGAAGAGCUCUUCAAGCUGCUGAAAGAAGGACAUCGGAUGGACAAACCCUCCAACUGCACACAUGAGCUCUACAUGAUGAUGCGUGAGUGCUGGCAUGCUGUUCCCACCCAGAGGCCGACCUUCAAACAGCUGGUGGAGGAGCUGGACAAAGUGCUGCUGUCCAUCUCUGACGAGUACUUGGACCUGUCGACACCCUUCGAGCAGUAUUCGCCGUCAUGCGAGGACACGUCGAGCUCCUGCUCCUCUGACAACGACUCGGUUUUUACCCACGAUGCUUUGUCCACCGACCCCUGUCUCCUGGGCUACCAGGAUGUGCGCUCCCGGAUAGAUAUGAAGACAGCACUCCGAUAGGCACCUAGACAUAUAUACACACACACACACACACACACACACACACACACACACACACACACACACACACACACACUCACAAACAAAACACAACAGUGCAGGACACGACCUUUGGGUUUUUUAGUAGAGCAACACAUCCACUGGUAGCCACAGUGGAGGUCCACAACAGCAUUUCUAAAGAUAAAUUAAAGCUUUUAUUCUUGUUAGGUUUUACAUUGGACCUCCAUUGUGGCUCCAGGCAAAGCCCUUAGAUAUAGGUGGGCAACUGUUACACACAAAUACAUACACAGAGGGUGUGCACGUCGAGCACUGAGGCCGGUGGGCUUCAUUAUUUGGUGGAGUUUUGUAGGAAAACCUUUCAUUGUGAGCAGAGGUACGAGCAGAAGAAAAAUCCACAAACAAAACAUGGUACUUUGGACUAUCAGCCCUGGCCCUGUGCCCAUGAACAGCUGUAACGUUGGAAAACUGCAGCACUAAACACAACAGAAGAGACCCUGGUACUCAAAAUGGCUUGUAAUGCCUUCUUUGAUCAACUCUCCUUCAGAGAGGCGAAGGACAAUGAUCUCCUCACACAAACUCAACCCAAAUCCAGGGCUUGAAACCCUGGUGAUAAAGACAUUUUAACAAACAAAAAAAAGAUUUAUUUUGUUAUGAUAAAAAAAAGAAGAAGAAACUGAUUGUUAAAUAUAAAUCUCUCUAUAUAAGAUUAUUUUACUUUUGUGUUGCUUAUUUAAGAAAACGGUCUUAAAUCUCAGGAUCUCUCGUGCUAAGAAGUUGCUGUAGCAUCAGCAAAGUGCCUGAAGUUAUAAUUUCCUGUGAAGAUAUUAGAAUAUUGAAAUAUUGUAUGUACAUAUCAAUGACAGAGAGACAACUGCCUUUUAUAAAUUAUUCUGAAUGACACAGAAAUGAAGGUUAUUGGAAGCUAAAAAGGAGAGAGGAAUUUUUAUCAAGUGCCAAACCUGUCACAGCUGUCACGAUGUCUUCAUGUUCAGGUUUCAUUCCAAAAUACAACCAUAUUCAUUUUACGACAAACAUUUUGAACUGAUGACCCCUAUAAACAAACUUCUCUCAAAAAGACAAACCAAGUCUUUUUGUAGACAGUAGAUGUUAAAAUUUGGUUUAAAUCAGCAACUCUUGUAAAGAUUGUCUAAAAAAACAGCCUGUAUUAACAAAUUUUCUAAA